CGUCCCGAUCACAUCUUGUUGUCGGCGUGAGGUUUUAUUUAUUUUUAUCUGAAUAAUCAACAAAAAUGAAUAAUCCAACAAAAUCAACUUCGCUGUCUAGUGAUUUAAAUAACUUUAUAUAUGGAGUCUCAAGAAAAAACUUUCAGAAUGCUCCAGAACUGACAAAAACUGGCAUAUCCUUGUUGAAAUGCUUUCCAGCAGCUAGAGAUGCAGUUUUAGAAUACUUUGCUAUGGUUUUUCACGACGCUGUUAAUGUUUCUGUGAACCAAGUUGAUUAUGAAGUUGAUUCUAAUACAAACGGUUCUUUAGAGGCUGUAAGUAUGAUUGGUCCGGAGCUAUGCAGUCUUGGUGAAGCAUGGGCCCCUUUCGUAGCUCCAUGGUGCAUUACCUUGAUUAUGGACAUAGCUACAGAUAAAGCUAAUUUACCCAACUCCACUCUUCAGAAUACGGAGCCAGUAAGGAUAUUACUUGAUAUAACAACACAGAAUUUGAUGCUUCUCAAUUCGGAAGAGCGAGCCAAAUGCAUUGAUAUGAUGUUAGGCUGCCGUGCCUGUUCAUGGGCUGUGGGGUGGGUGGGUCGUGCAGAGCCUGGUCUUGUUGCGCCGAGAGCACUAGCUCUGGGUGCUGAAGCAGCCAGAGCUGUGUUGGCUCACUUGGCAAACCAUCCCCCAGCCUUGUUGCAUGUUAGAGCUGCAUUGGUAGAUUUGUUUCAAGUAAGUUUUACAAAAUAUUCCUGUGGUUGGCUUGUAAUAAUCACUGCACAGUGAUAAGGCAGCCCACAGAUCUAUAUAUAUACAAUUAUUGUAAUAUUUUGUCUCUGUAUGUUUAUAAACUACAGAGACAAAAUAUUACAAUCUAAUAUAUAAAAUUCUCGUGUCACAGUUUUCGUUGCCAUACUACUUCGAAACGGCUUGACCGAUUUUGAUGAAAUUUUUUUGCUUAUCCGAUAUCUAUGAGAAUCGGCCAACAGUAAUAUACUUUUAGAAUACCUCCUACAAAAGCUGGAAUUUGAAGUAAUGUCUCCGGAACGCGCUAUCCCACUGUUAACAAGUACUGCAGAAGAAAUUAAUAUAGUAAGAGAAAAGCUUUUAGUGGGAAAUCAAUUAGAACAAUAUUCAAUUGCUAGAAUACUAAUUUUGGUCUGUUACAUUCAACCAUCUGAAUUUGUGACCACAAUCAGUUACCUUCUCCAAUAUUCUCGAAACGACACAACGCUAUCGCUCCUAGUUCGAAUAAUAUCUGGUACAAUAACAAUGCACACGCCAAACGACUCUACGGAUUUAAAUAUGGAUACGGAAAGAUACCAGAAUUUCAUUAAAACGGGCGUAGAAUAUGCGCUAAGAGAUUCAAUGCUCUCCGACGAACAGAUUAAGAAAUGUUUUGUUGUGAACGAAGUGCUGAAGGACCAGAAGACGUAUAUGCAUCACAUUUGUCUGAAUAUCACUAAAUUGCUAAGGUGGGAGAACUCAAACCGCGUGUCAGCGUUGCGCACGCGCAGCAUAUGUCGUGCGGUCGAAGCGAACUUGUACCGCGUUGGCGAAGCGCUGCAACACUACGCGUCGUUGUUGCGCGCGCGCACACCGUGCACUAUGGGCACUUUGUAUGAAAUUCCCACUUGUCACGCUAUUGCUCAGGUAUUAGAUAAAGUGGAUCUGUCUGGAACGAAAUCUCCUCCACCAAGUGUGGAAGUUAUUUUGAAAGUUGUGCAGGCAGUAGUCAAAUACUUCUUCAGAUGUUUACAUGAAAAAGACAUAAUGGCGAAACUGCGUGGCGUUCAAUCCGCCAGUCGGUUACUCCGAAAACUCUGUAUCCACAGCAAGUUAGCUCGCGCGAUCGCGUUAAGGGAUCUCUUAGAAACCGCCAUGUUUAGGGAAGACAGGAUAUUCGGCAGCAAACCGGUCAUACCAAAUCUAUUGGCGACCUCGAAAGAGUGGACCAGUGAAGAUUUAUUGAUUUAUAUGAAUCAAAAACAUGGUCCAAUAACUCAAUUAACUCAGAGCCACACAUCGGUGUUCCAUGCCGGAAUUAUUGGCAAGGGUGUGAGGAAGCAAGGGAGCCAAGAUGACAACGAAAUCCCUCCAAUUCUGACUACGAAUAACGAACUGCUUAUGGGAGCUUUAAUGUCUUGUAUGGAUGGCAACAGUGGCAUUGUUGAAGGGGCCACAUCAGUUUCCUUACUACUGGUGGAGUUAGUGUCGCCAGAUGUCAUGUACAAUGGCUUACCCUGGCCAGAUGAAGAUUUCACUAAGCAAGUGAGCAUAGAACGCGAGCUGUACAUGCGCGGCGCGGUGGAGCGGUGCGCGGUGGCGCGCGCGGCGCUGCGGCGCGUGGCGCUCGCGCGGCCCGCGCUCUGCCUCUCCUCCGCGCUGCUGCGCGCCUCCGCCGCCACGCUGCUGCACCGCCUGCGGGCGCACCUGGAUCGUCAUACACAAUCACCGGAGUUGGCGCGCGAAUUAUCGGCGUUGACAGAAUUGCUUUCCAUAAUGACACUUGGACAAUUGUUGCCACAUCCACUGAGUCACAUGCUCGAAUUGGCGCCAGAAUUGACAGCUAGUGAGCUUGUUCAAGUAUUGCGAGACUGUUUAUGGAACUAUACGAGGGAUCAUGUGCCGUCACCCGCGUUAUUUACUUGUGAUGCUACAGGCCUUCAUUGGCGAGAUCCCUCAACAUGCAAGCCUCCUACAACAUACACUGAUACGUUUCGUAUUAUCAUACAAAAAAGAAUAUCAAAAUUAGGUCAUAUGUAUCCUAUAAUGUUCUUAAAUCUCGAAAAAGAUUCGUAAUUAAGUUGUUGAGACUUAAGAUUGUAAAUAAUGUAAUUAUUAUUUUAAGUAAUAAAGUGCCUGUAAUUAGUAC